AUAUCAGAUGUUUCAGUCAUCAAAUAUGAUUGUAAAAACUCAUGGCAAGGAUAUUCUAUUUACCCCAGUUUUUACCUAUUCUAAGAUUCUACUUUCCUUUCUAAAAUUUCAAAUUAUUCUCCAUUAUCAUAUCUUCCUUUAGCCCUUUUUUAUUCUUUUUAAAAGAUUUUAUUUAUUUAUUUGAGAGAGCACAAGCAGGGGGAGCAGCAGAGGGAGUGGGAGAAGCAGGCUCCUCGCUAAGCAGGGAGCCCAGUGUGGGACUCUAUCCCAGGAUUAGAUAAGAUUAAAUAAAAAGAUCAUGACACUUCCAAAAGCCAUUGUUAAAAUGCUCAAAAACUGUGGAUUUGUGGACAGUCUUCGGUAGUAUCUCCUGGAAUGCUCCCCACAGUUCUUUUUCAUAGGUAUUAGUUCCCAUUUUACAGAAAAGUAAUUUCUCCAAGAUCUCAUAGCUCAAAGGCAUAAUAAGGUAUACUCAAAAGAAGAGAAAAAAACCAAACAUUUUAAGCCAAAUUUUCUGCCUGUAAAGCAUGUGCCCUUAAUCUCUCCAACAUGAAUGUGCUUUGGGGUAAAAAUAAAAAAGCUAUGGAAAUUUUUUUACUAAUGAACAAGAAAUAGCAUAUCAGAUUAAUGACCUACAAUGACAGCACCAGAAAAAGAAAAAGACUUGAAGUUAGGAAAAGCCGGUUUGGGCCUAUGUCCAUCAUUUAUGAGCCCUGUAACCUUGAACAAGUAAUUUCACCUGCUACAUUAGUCCUUCUUUGGCAAACAAGAAACAACUUUGUAAGCAAAUUACAUAUUUCUUUGCAUACCAAAUGACUAAAAACUUCCUGGCUUAAAAUAAUGCUCAACUACAGAACCCACGAUCUUAUAGGUCAGAAGUCUGGAUGGUCUCUGCUUAAUCGAUGAAAUCAAGUUGUUGACCGGUCUGUGGUCUUAUGUGCAGUUUCUAGAGAAGAAUGUGCUUUCAAGUUGAUUGAGAUUGUUGGUAAAAUCCAGCUGCUAGCAGUUGUAGGCCUGAGGUCCAGGUUUUCUUGCUGGCUCUCUGCUUCUAGAGGCUGCCCACAUUCUUAUUCUGAUUUGCUUACAAGGUUUUUGUGAUGAUGAUCAAAUGAAACCGACUGUACAAACAGUGGUGAGGAAUGUGAUCACUGCUUAAGGUUGCUGGGUUUAGAGGCCAUCCCUCAACCUUCUUCCAUAGAACCUGUCUAAACCACAGGUAAUCCUCCCAGGAGGAGAUUCUGAAGUCUCUUACGACAGAUGUGUUAGUUGAGACUUUCUGGAGGGACAAAAACCGAGUUUUGUGCUGGACAAAUGUUUCCUGAGCAAAGUGGAUCAGAUGCCAUGAAGUGCUUGGCACCGGUGGUGGGGAGGAUUCUAACUGGCCAUUCUGCAGUGAAGCGAAGGCAGCGAGGCUUGGAAAGGGCUAACCCCACAGCCGCGAAAGGGCAUAGAAGUGGUGAAGGAGGCCUGCACGGAACCACAAGUGCAAAUUCUGGAAGCCUACCCACCCCGACCCGAAUGGCCAGGGCCCGUGAACCCAGGACCUCCCCCUCAUCGCCCCCUGGCGGUGGGUACAGCUCCUCUCACAUGGGGGACACUGGGCACACCCCCCACUGGUCCUUCCUCCGCAGAAGGUGCGAGUAGAGCCGCCCAGCCUGCGCCCUCUGGCGCUUCAAGCCCAGCCCCGCAGUUCCAGCUUCCUCGCGAGCUUCUCGGCUCACAGGUUGCAUCCGACCGCGCUCCCAAGGCUGUGAUUGGUCUCUACUGUUGCCACUGCCCCCAUCCCCACCAAUGCUGACUCCAGAAGCAGUGAAUUUGCCCGCCUGCACGCUCGGUUGCGACCAUCGCUAAUGCUGACUCUGGGAGCAAAGAAUUUGCCCACUAGCGCACUUGUUCCUGCCUUGGAGAGAGAAUCUUUUGCUCCCGGGUCCGUGCCAAUAACCUGCCUGCCUGUCUCCCCGCCAAUUCCCUGCAAUGGGCAAUAACUGCUUUGGCUUUAAGAAAUGGCUGAUUCAGCGGCUGCGUCCUCUGCCCACCCUGCUUAUCGUCCCUGCCCUCAUGCCCCAGAGCAAGAGCAAAGACUACCACGUCGUGGUGCUUGGCGACGCUGGCGUGGGCAAGAGCGCGCGGGUGCAGAAGUGGGUGCGUGGCCACUUCCGCGAUGCGUACCUGCCAACCAUCGAAGAUACCGACUGCCAGGUGCUGAGCUCCAAGCACGGUGUCGGGGCGCUGCGCAGCACCGACAGCACGGGCAGCCACCGCUACCCGGGUCUGCAGCGCCUCGCCAUUGCCAGGGGCCCUGCUUUCAUCCUGGUUUACUCAGGCGCCAAGAAGCAAACCCUGGAGGAGCUGAAGCCUUUCUAUGAGCUGAUCCGCAAAGUCAAAGGCAACACCUUGCAGAAGUACCCUAUCGUGCUGGUGGGCAACGAAUGCCAAGAAAGCCACUGGGAGUCGCCGGUAAGUGACCGCGCCACAUGCGCCUGCGCGUUGGAGUGGCAUUGCGCCUUCUUGGAGACCUCCGCUAAGAUGGAUAGCAGUGUGCAGGAGCUAUUUCGCACGGCGCCGAACCACGAGAAGAAGCCUGCCCCCUGCCUCCGCCAUCCCCAGAAGAAAUCCCAGAUACCCAAGACCGCGGAGAAGCUGCUUAGCAAGUGCAUCAUCAUGUGAGCCCCGGGGUCUUAGGAUCCUGACCUCCUUCCCCCUCAGUGUGCAGAAAACAGGGAGCGGUCCCAGUGUAACGUGUUACCUGUGCGUGAACGACUUCUGUGCCGCGGUUUAGGUAAUAACUAGACGCCAGCAAAUGACCCUUGUAAGUUGAUAGCUUUCCUUUUUCCCAUCCAAGAGAAUUCAGAUUGCUAAAGCUCUAACACUGGAGGAGGAGGACAGGGAAAAAAGGAGCGCUGUGCAUUUAGAGACUACUUGUAUAGACUUUAGAGAUUAAUACUUGAAAAAGAGAAUGAAAUGCUGAAAUGAAUUGAAAGAGGCCACUGCUCUUCUUGUAACUCUAAUUAUCGUGUGUCAUUUUAAAACACUCCAAGUCCUAUAAAGUCGCCAUUGUGUAUUUAAUUGUUAAAAAAAAGUGUUUUUGCAACAACACCUGGCAGAUGACUUUUAGAUAGAUAUGUUAAGCAAGGUAAAUAAAUGGAUAAUCUGUAGCUGAGCAUUGAGGCUGGGGGCAGAGAAAAUAGGGAAAGUGGAACUUGCUUACUAAAUAUGUGCUGAUUAUUUCUGAAGUCAUUUAAAAAUGUUCGGGUAUUCUGUGUAGUUUUUGUGACUCAAUAAAGCUUUU